AUGCGACUCCAAACACCCAUGCAACUGCCCACAAGCUUGCAACUCCCUACAACCUUCCGACUCCCAACACCCAUGCAACUACCCACUCAUGUGACUGCCUAUACCUGUGGGACUUCCUACACGUAUGUACUUACCAUUACCCAUGUGUCUCCCUACAUCGAUGCAACUACCAUCACCCAUGUGACUCCCUACUCCUGUGCGAUUCCCAUUACCUGUGCAACUCCCAACACUAGUACGACUCCCAACACCUAUCGACUGCUUAUACCCAUGCGACUCCAAUCAUCCGUUCAAUUCCCAACACCUGUGCGACUCCCUACACUCACACUCCAUGCAUCCGUGCGAUUCCCAUUACCUGUGCGAUUUCCAUCACCUGUACAACUCCCAUUAAUUCCCCACACCUCUGUGACUCCCAUUACUUCUACAACACCCAACACCCAUGCAACUGCCUAUUCAAGUGCAACUGCCUAUACAUGUGCAACUCCCAUCAACUGUGCAAUUCCCUACAUUCAUGCAACUCCCUACACCUGUGCUAUUUCCAUUACCCAUACAACUCCCAACACCCGUGCAACUCCCAAGACUCAUGUAACUCCCUACAUCCAUGCAACUCCCUACACCUGUGCUAUUUCAAUUACCCGUGGGACUCCCUACACCCUUGUGACUAUUAUCACCCAUGCGACUCCCUACACCUGUGUGACUAUUAUCACUCAUGCAACUCCCUACACCUGUGCUAUGUCCAUUACCCAUUCAACUCCCUACACCCAUGUGAUCCCCAUAACCAUGCAACUCUCCUACAUCCGUGCAAGUACCCACACCCAUGUGACUGCUUACACCUGUGUGACUCCCUACACCUGUGCAACUGGCUCCCAUUACCUGUGA